CCCUUGGGGGAGUAGGCUAGAGAACAGAGGCUGCGGGGGAGAGGGAUAGACCCCCAGGAUCUAGGAAGAGAAAGGUCUCAAAGGGAGGGCUUCUCAGAGGAACCUGGUGAGGGGGCUUAUCUGGAAAGGAAACCAAGGAAGAACGCUCCUAGAUGGCAGAUCCUCUGAAAGGAAGGAGCUAUGAAUGCCAAGUCUCGGCAGAACCUAGUCCCCAUGGAAGGACUUCACCAGAAGCUCCACCAAAGCUGGAAGAAAAUCCUGCAGAAGCUUUCACUGACUCAUCCCUCUUUGCUCACUGGGGCCAGGACCUCAGUCCUGAAAACAGACGCAUUGCCCUUAAACAAUUCCAGUAUUAUGGCUACAAUGCUUACUUGAGUGAUCGCCUACCAUUGGAUAGGCCACUACCUGACCUGAGGCCUAAUGGGUGCAGAAACCUCACAUUUCCCAACAACCUUCCUGAGGUCAGCAUUGUUUUCAUAUUUGUUAACGAAGCUCUCUCAGUGAUUCUGCGCUCCAUUCAUUCUGCUAUUGACCGGACUCCUCAUCACCUGCUCAAAGAAAUUAUCUUAGUGGAUGAUAACAGUAAUAAUGAAGAACUCAAGGAGAAACUAAAGGAGUAUGUUGACGAGGUGAAUAUGCGGAAACCUGGAUUCAUCAAGGUGGUCCGGCACAGCAAGCAAGAGGGGCUGAUCCGGUCUCGAGUUAGCGGAUGGAGAGCAGCCACAGCACCAGUCGUUGCGCUCUUUGAUGCUCAUGUGGAAUUCAGCGUGGGAUGGGCUGAACCAGUGCUCACGAGGAUAAAGGAAAACAGAAAAAGGGUCAUUUCUCCAUCAUUUGAUAACAUCAAAUAUGAUAAUUUUGAAAUAGAGGAAUACCCCCUAUCUGCACAGGGGUUUGACUGGGAACUGUGGUGUCGAUAUCUGAAUCCUCCAAAAUCAUGGUGGAAGCUGGAAAACUCAACUGCUCCGAUAAGAAGCCCUGCACUGAUUGGAUGCUUCAUAGUAGACAGGGAAUACUUCCAAGAGAUUGGCUUACUAGAUGAAGGCAUGGAGGUCUAUGGAGGAGAGAACGUGGAGCUUGGGAUCAGGGUAUGGCAAUGUGGAGGUAGUGUUGAGGUGCUGCCUUGCUCCAGGAUUGCCCAUAUUGAAAGAGCCCAUAAGCCGUACACAGAAGACCUCACUGCUCAUGUCCGAAGGAAUGCUCUAAGAGUGGCCGAAGUCUGGAUGGAUGAAUUUAAAAGCCAUGUUUACAUGGCAUGGAAUAUACCCCAAGAGGAUUCUGGAAUUGACAUUGGUGAUAUUUCUGAGAGGAAGGCCCUGAGGAAAAAACUGCAAUGCAAGACCUUUAGGUGGUAUCUUGUCAGUGUGUAUCCAGAAAUGAGAAUGUACUCAGACACGAUCGCCUAUGGGGUGCUGCAGAAUUCCCUGAAAAGUGAUUUGUGCCUUGAUCAGGGGCCAGACACAGAAAAUAUUCCAAUCAUGUAUAUCUGCCAUGGAAUGACACCACAGGAGCCUAUGCAUUUCAAAGUGCACCGAUAUGCUGACUAGAGAGCUUCUUAUAACUGAUUACCACAAGGCCAGUGCAUGUAUCCUACAAGGAGGAGAGUCACAGUAAAUAAAUAAAUAAAUAAAUAAAGUGUGCAGAAGCACACUCCAGAAAAAUCAUUAUAGGGUAAUAGCAUAAGACCAAUAGAAGAUUCAGAGCUUGUCAUGCAUUUCAAUACUUGGGUUUUCACACAGCAUUCAUAUAUUUGAUAGAUUUAAUUGCAAAUAAGUCAGGGGUGGAAUGCAUUUUAAUAAAGGAUGUGUUUGUGGACUUAAAUAAAACCCUUAGAAAUAUGUAUGAGGAUGAAUUCAUAUGAUCAUAAAAAAGAAGUUAAAAAUGGAAAAGACUCAUUAGGUCAUUAGCCCAUCGGCUUGACAAUUCAGGAUUUUUCCCAAAGCUACUAGUAUUUGUUCCUAAUAUUUUCUCCAUUCUAGUUUUAAACAUUCCAAGCCAAAGAGCUUCCUCUAUUUCCCUUGGGGGACUAUUCUACAGCCAGUCAGUUUCCCUGAUAUGCAGCCUAAAUUUUCCUUUCUUCUCAUUACUUCUAGCUAUAGCCUCUUUUUCCAUCAUGAAUAAUUUCUUGCUCUGUGCUAACCCCUUUCAAAUAAUUGAAGACUCUGAUCUAGUUCCCCUUUUACUCAUCACUUAGUCAAGCUGUUUGGCACCAGCUCUUAAAAUUGCAUAGCUGUGGAAUGUGUAAAUGACUACUCUUUUCUUUUAGCAUGAUUCACACACAUGCGAUGAUUGCACUCUUUGAAAAGGGAAUUGUGAAGUUAAAAUAUAAGAGUGCAUAGCACUGUUUUGUGGUCAGUGGCAAGUAUGUCAUUUGUAAUUAAUAAUGCUUUCAAAAGUGCCAAAGAACUGCUCUCAAACUGCAUAAUGGAAUAACCAGAGUUUGUCUCACUGCACAAAACAACACCUGUUUUUAAGAGGCAUUAGAAUUAAUAAUGAGUGAGCCUAAAAUGUUUGAGGUUAACCAAACUGUCAUCAACUCCCUUCACAUGAUUGCUGUACUACUUAUAAAGAAUUAAUAUGUAUUAUUAGCCCUUCCAUAAAGGAAUCUCAGAGUACUUGAAUGAAUGAAUGAAAUGAAUAAAUGAAUAUGCCUGUGUGUAUAUUAUUGUCACCAUUAUACAGAUAGGAAAACUGAGACACAAUUUUUCUGUGGUCACACAGUGAGGCAGUGUUGGAAUGGAGAAUAGAAUCCAAAGAAUCUUGACUCUUAGUCCCCUGUUCUGUCUACUAACAAGAGCUACCAGGCCAACAUAACCAUCUCCACCCGAUUUCCACUAUGUGUGACCCAUAUCUUGUCUUCUAUUAUUCAACCUUUGCAACUGGCCAAUUUGUCAUUUGUCCCAGCCUCUAGCUCUCUCCAUCCUACCUCCUAGUCUUUGCUUCCUGUCUUUAUUUUCAGCUUAGCAUUUUGAGGCCAAAUUCUCUGUUGGUGUAAAUUGCCAUCGCUCCAUUAAGUUCAACGGAACUGCACUAAUUUGCAGCAGCAGAGAAUUUGGCUCAUAAUUGUUUUGUAAAAUAGAAACAAUGGAGAAAAGGAGAAAAAAUGCACACAGACAUAUGCAGACCAGGAUAUGUUACAAUGAAGAGAGGGGAAAAUUGGCCUUUUACCUACAUAUAUUAUUUAAAUGCACAUGUUUAAAGUUGUCAUAAACUUUGCAAGUGGGUGUGGGAGUUGGUGUGUACUUUACACAACACAAAAUACUCAGUAACUUCUUAUUCUUUUCAAUCAAUGUCAUUCUUCAUUGGACUCCAGAUGAAAAUGCUCCUUUCUGUUAUGUUUGGAAGCAUAAAUCCUACCCAGUUUGUUCUUCCUUACAAUGGAAUGUAUCCAGAGGCAAAGAGUUUUUUCAGCUUUGUAAAAUAAUUUUGUGGCUAUUAUCAAAGAAUCUAUAAAUAUUUAUGUUCCCACCAAUUUGUUCCUUUGAAUAUUAAUAAAGGCAUAGUCCUAGUUGGACUUCUCCAACUCUACAUUCAUUUUUUCUACACCAUGGGGCUUCAUAAGUUCCCAGAAUGCGGGAGGAAGUAAAGGCACCAAGGUGCAGCAGAGAGGCGACUGUAUACUGCAAUGCAUCUUGAAUGGAAGGAGGAUUUAGAAGCCAGAGAUGAGGGAGACUGAGGCAAGGAGGAAUGAGAGAAAGCUGACUAGUCAAACAGAAGAGAGAAAGAUGCUAGUUUGGGGCCACACUACAUUUUAAAACCCAUAGGAGCGAGUUUCAGAGGUUGGGUCUACAGAGUUGGGCUCGCAGGGCUCGUGGUUUGGCUCCAAAAGCAGCAAUGUAAAACAUUGCAGCUCAGACUGGCGUUCAGGUUCUGAAGUCCAGGGGGAGGGAGGGUAGGCUUCAGAGCCCAAGCUCCAGCCCCAGUUGCAAUAUCUACCCAGCUGUUUUUUAGCACCAUGGCAUGAGCUCCGCAAGCCCGACUCGACCUGAGCUCUGAGACGCACUGUAGUGAGUUUAAAAUAGAGUGUAGAUACACGGUAAAGGGCCAGAUUCUCAGCUGGAGUAAAUUGGUGUGGCUUUAUUCUAGCCCAAAGAGUUUAUGAUAGAAGAAGUAGAACUAACUUGAUCACGUCACUGUUCCUUGAUCCUGCCUAUGCUACACCAUGACAGGGUGUCAGGAUUGGAUGGAUGUCACUUCCAGAGAGAGGAGUAAACAAGGAAUAGAAAUUAAAAAAGAAAAAUAGUGAGUGAAAUAAGCAAUAAGGGGAUAGUUUGUUUUCUUCAUAGUCCCUGCCCUUCACUUCCAUCCCACCAGAACAGGAAGGGCUGACAAGGAUUUUACACAUCUUGAUUUAACAUUCACAGUUAGCCCCUCAUUGGGCUUUUCAAUAUUAACAUGUGUUAGAAGUUAAUUUAAAAUAAAACAAUGGUCAUUAUGCAGGAAUUGUGUGUCUGCAUGGAGGUGUUCUGGAAGGCAUUCUACCUGGAACUUGUGCUGACUACAUUAGAGCU